AUGACUGGUUUUGUUAAAUUCACAUUAGACACGUUGCAUAAGUUUUAUGAAAAAGAGGUUGCCGAUGAUAAAGGGAGGGAUGAUGGUGGAGAUUCAUCAAGAGAUACUUUUGAUGACACUAUUAAAGUCUCAGCUGGUGCCAAGGGAGUUUCUGAAAAUAGAUGGAAAGUGAAUGCUUCAAAAUACAGAAUAUCUGGCAAGAAAGACCCUCCAAUCAGCUCUUCCAAGAAUAAGUUAAAAACACUCAGCUGGCAAGAACGACGGAAACUUGAAAGAGAUAGAAAGCAGAAAGAAGAGGAUGAGCAAACAUUAGCAAAAGUGGAAGCUCCAAUACCACAAUCCAACAUUGGGUUUAAGCUUCUCAAACAAAUGGGUUAUACGCCCAGUGCUGCCCUAGGCAAAGAGGGUUUGGGUAGGGCUGAGCCAGUGGGGAUUGAGAUUCGACGAUCACGAGUUGGUAUUGGCUUAGAUGAUCCUUACAAAGAGAAGAGGAAAAAUGAGAAAAUCAUAGCUGAGAGAAAAAGGAGGAAAGAGGAGGAUCUAAUGCAAGACUUUGGGUUGAGACAGAAGUCGCGAUGGCAGAGUAAGAGAGUUGUAGCCAAUUUCCAUAAGGCAAAGGUUGCCCUUGAUCAAUUAGAGAAUAGAGAAAUCAUUGAACCGGAAAAGAAUGAGAAUGAUAAAGAAGAGGAAGAUGAGGAAGAGGAAGAAAUAACAGAAGAGGAUUUGCAAGAAGUUUUGAUGAAACUGAGGGAUGACCACAAUUAUUGCCUCUUUUGUGGAUGCAAGUAUGAAUCAAAGGAUGCUCUCUUUACCAACUGCACUGAAACCAAUGAAGAUGAUCACUAACUUGAUGGUUUCUG